AUGAUAUCUUCAAAUACUAUGGAAAAUUCGAUGAUUGAUGAUCACUUUAGUGAGGAGGAUUUUGACGCAAUAUCUUACGUUCGGGACCAGUUAAGAGGUAUGAAAAGUGGCGAUGAAACACGACAGUUGCAAGCAUUUCACGCUAGAUUAAAUGUAGCUAAUGCACAAUCAUCGGAAUUAGUGAAGAAGAGUGUCUUUUUGAACUAUAAAAAGUUCAUCGAUACUGCCAGAGAAGUUUCAUAUCUGGAACGGGAAAUAUAUGAACUUUCAUCACUGUUAUCAGAUCAACGGAUGCUUAUUGAAACACUGAUGCAGAUGACUGGGGAAGAUCGUUCUUCCAUUGGAACUGCCAGUCUUCACACUUCAUUCAGCGUUAACCCAAUGAAUGUAUUGAUGCAGAAAAUGGACGGUAUUGCUUCUAUGUUAAAUAAUUUACCAACUUCUGAUCGAGUAAUCAUGCACGGUGAAGUAGUUCAGUUGGACAGCGACAACAUGCGGCCACAACACAAUGUAAUGCUUAUUUUGUUAUCAGACCGACUACUCAUUGGACAACCAUCUUCAGGUUAUAUUUCUUCAUGUGUUUUAGUUUGUAAAAUUUCAUCGGUUAUUCAUUUAUAUGUGGUAUCAUAUAUGGUAUUAAGAAAUGUUAUUAUUUUAGGAAAAUAUCGUUUUCAGUUGGAAUCUUCACAUCCGUUGAACAAUAUAGCAGCUGUUAAUAUCAAGGAUAGAGAAAAUGGCGAAACUGUGACCAGCAUGUUUAAGUUGUUGAUUUUUCCAGGACAAAGGUUUUUUCUUGCUGAAAAUGCCCGAAUUAAAAAAGAAUGGUUGGACUGCAUCGAGAAUGCCAAAAGAGAACUCCUUCAUGAGGGAUCAUUAGUACGUCAAGCAACAAUCCGUGGGAAACGUCGACAUGACCUGUCAGCGAAGAUGGAAUUAGGUAAUCAAUUUAUGCCGGUUGCGGAGUCGGUUGCUAUUAAAUCACCUGAUGAAAGUGCAUGGCUCAAUGAAUUGCCUGCAGAAUUGGAUGAUUGCAUUGCUCAUCGAGAUAUGGAACACGCGGUAGAGUUGAUAAUGGAAUGGAAAAGUUGCAACACAAAAGAAGCAACAAUUGAUGCACAGCUGACACUUCGUGAAACCCAAAUUGUUCGUCGUCCAGGUGCUUUACAUGGUGGUCCUCGAGCUAUCAAGAAAGCAAUCAACCUUUUAACGAUUCUUGGCCGAGCUUCACAAGCAGUUGACCUUUACUUGAAAAAAAGGAGCACAGUGCUGCGGACAACUACUCGAGAAUUGACAAUGAGCGAAGAACCAUUGUCGUAUGUACGACAGUUAUCACAACAGUUUUUAGAUGUUAUAUCAGAUGUUGUUAAGGAAUUCUUGAUGCAACCUGAACACUUUUCUCUUAUAUUGCAUUGGUGUUCUGGUGAAUUAAGUGUUAUGCUGUCUUUAAUACGAAAGCAUGUUAUCGAGGUGGCACCAACAAUGGCAGUGCUUGCACAUACUUGGCGAAUAUUGAUGAUACAUUGCGAUAAUUUAAUUACAGUUGGUGUUGAUUUGUCUUUUGAAGUACAUCGUCUGCUUGCACCAUCACUUAAGAUUGCAAUUGAAACAAAUUUUAGCAACAUAAUCGAAUCAGUUCGUCUUCGAGUUUCUGAAGAGCGUUGGAAAGCAUACCAUAUGGAAAGUGAAUCGAAUGUGAAUCGUUUUAUAGAGGAAAUGUCUGAUAUGGGACUGUCAGUUGAUUGGGCACUGUCUACCACGCAGUGUUCUUCCAUUAAUAUUACCCAGAAUGCCUGCCACUUUUCUCGAGUUGCCUUUAUGUUGGCUCGCGACCUUGCAAUGAUAAGAUCUUCACAUUUACGCUAUCUCACUGACUCCUUCAUGGUGAAGCUUUGGAGUGAAUAUUUAAAUCAUUUGAAAAGCGCGCCGCAAUCGUCUUUGCAACAAUAUACAUCAGUAUUUGUUAUUUCUCAAUUGUUGCCUCUCUGUGAUGCAAUCUACGAUGAAUCUGCACCAGGAAUAUUGUCCGAACUUUUGCAAACAAAAUUUGGAAUUUUGUUACGGUAUCGAGGGAAUUUUCAUGUGGCUUCUAGUGACGAAGACGUGGCACAUAUUUAG